AUGGCCGAUCGAGUAAAGGAAGAGGAGAUUAUAGUGGAAUAUAUGGAGAGGCGAAUCCUCAACCUUGCCGAAGUACUCUACAGCGGAGCGAACCGCAAGUUCCGACUCGUAUUCUUCGAACACCCUCUCACAAUGAGCGAGGACCAACUAGGCAAGGGGCUAGUACGGGCGGAUCCGUAUUGGUUUGCUGUCCUCGUCGACGUUGCAAAAUCAAGGGUCGAGAUGAUUCUUUGCACAAGUGAGGGGUGCGGGGUUGAUGGAAGGAGCAAAGCCGCCAUAAGCCUGCUCGAGACGCUGGAGGCUGAAGCCUCUCUCAAAUUCUGCAAUGAUUCUCAGUUUGCGGCCAAAGUAAUGGAAAGUCGGGCAGUCAGACAGCAAUGGGCACAUGAGAAGAGCAAAAUGGAGAAACAGAAUUCGGACCGACGGGAGGCUUACUACGACGAGAUUGAACGGCAGAGCUAG